AUGGUCGCGCACGAGCAAGCACUCAAAAGCUUGGGCGAGGGUGGUAUUCCCAUCGGCGCCGCCGUCGUCCAUCUUCCCUCAGGCAAGGUGCUGGCACGCGGGCACAACCAGCGCGUGCAGAUGAAUUCGAACAUCCGACAUGGCGAGACAGACGCGCUUGAGAACAUGGGCCGCGUGAGCGAGGGCGUGCUCCGCGAGUGUGCGAUGUUCACGACACUCAGCCCAUGUUAUAUGUGCUCGGGAACGUGCGUCCUCUACAAGAUUCCGCUUCUCGUGAUGGCAGAAAACGACAACUUUAUCGGCGGUGAGGACCUCCUGGCUGCGAAAGGGGUUGAGAUUGUAAACCUCCGCGACCCCGAGAUCACCAAGAUGAUGCGCGACUGGAUUGCUAGCGAUGUGGGGCAACGAGUGUGGAACGAGGACAUCGGUGAGAUGUCCUGA